AUGACAACGGUAACAGAAUAUCGUUCCCCACAACGAUGGUUACAGGAGUAUAAUGCAAAUGUUGACACCAAGCUGGACGAGAUUGAAUUUGCUGAAUGUGCAUUAACUGAAUAUGGAUUGUCCCCACGAGUAAUCAGAGAUAUCUUCCACUUGGUCGACGACGAUGGGGACGGUGAAUUAAACCUCAGUGAAUUGACUAAAGCAAAAGUCUUGCUCGAAGACAUUGCUCGACGACUUGCUGCUGAACUUUUAAAGCAAUAUGAUACAAAUGGUGACAAUCAUUUAUCAAGAAAAGAAGUGGAAAAACUUGCCGAAGCGAUGUAUCAAGUAAUACCAGAAACUGCAAAAGCGAUACUUACGAAAACUGGUGAAGGGAUUGAAAAGAAAAUUGACCUUAACGGUAACAAUGUGGUAACUGCUGAUGAAGUUGAAGCUGCUUAUAAAGAAGACAUCAAGAAACCUUUCCUACAAAAGAUUUUUCAAGAAGUCGACAUUAACAAAAAUGGAAUCAUUGAUCCGAUUGAAUUCGUCUCUUUUCAAAACAUAGUAGCGGUUGGACCGUCUCAUAAUGAAAAACAGAAAAAGUUGUUGAAAAAUGGUAAAACGAAAAAACGAUCUAAACGACAAACAGGAGAACAGCCCUUAGUCCUCUCACUGGAUCCAACUGCUGCUAAGCUGGACGGCGAUAACGAUGAAAACAGUAGCGAAGAAGACACUGAAAAUCCUCAGCAACACAAAACCAAGUUUGAACGUUUCUUGGAUUUGUUAAAGAACACAUUCGACGAUUUAGUUGAAGGUUUGGAAGCAGAGAAAGCAGCAAUGAAUGCAACAAAUGGUACAUUCAUUCCAACGUUACCGACACUAGCCCCAUUACCAACGCUACCUCCAAAUCUGCUGAACUUACCUGGCUUGAACAAGACCAAUUCCAAUUCCACUGAAGAACCAAUCUUACCACCUAUUAAACUGCCGGUCAUAAAGCUCCCACCUCCGAAGCCACUUUUCACAGGAAUUCCAAACGCUAAUUUGGAGUUUCCAACAAUAAAACCUAUUAUAGAAACUGUACAAACUACAGAAACGCCGCUAAAUAAACCAAAUGGUUUGAAACUUAUUUUCAAAAAGAAGAAGGAGUACGAAAAAUCGGCUGACAAUGCGAAAAAACAGACAAAAGGCGAUACAAGCGAACAAGAAAUAAAUUCUAAAUCGUUCGAGUUUAGCGAAGAUUUAUUAAGCCAUUCAAAAUCAGAAAGCGACGUCAAGAAAACCGAAGCGGAGGAGGAAAUAAAGCACCCGAAUGUCAAAACAACAAACUCACCUGUAACUGAGACGACGACAUCUGUCCAACCUGUAACAGAUGAAAGUAAAGUUCAAAUGCCCAAUGAUUCCGAACCAACGACUACAGAACCAACAACCGAAACGCAGUCUCUGGACAAGAGUGACAAUAGUGAUGCAACAGAUACAUCUACAACUAGUCCAAAAUCCAAAAACACAUACGAAGGAGAAGACGAGGAAGGCUAUAAAACUCUUAAGGCAUUUGCUUACACUGAAGACGCUUUAGGAUUUGGCAAAGAUCUGGUCCUCCAAAAGAAAAAAACGAAAGAUCAGAAAAAGAAUUUAAAAGUAAAGAAAGAAAACGAUGAGGAUGUACCUGACGGAUUUAGCAAACUAGCAGUAUAUAACAUCGACGACGAAGAAAACUUUGAAACAAUACCUGCUUACAAAAAUUAUAAGGAGGAUGUGUGGGGUAUGCCAACCAUAAUCAAUACAACAGAAACUGAAGAAGAUUCAGAUAAUCAAAAUAGUUUGCCUACAACAGAAUCAGCAGAAUUCAAAAUAAUACCAGCUGAGGGUCCCACGGAGAAGGCAGAAACCACGAAGGAAAGCGAAGAGGAUGAUUUCUAUGAAGAACCAUCCACUACAGCCAUUAGUAUCACAGACACUGAAACAACGAGGAACGAAGACAGAGGAAAGGACGAUCUAACACAUGAAAUUGUACUCUCAAAAGAGAUAGCUAAAACACAUGGAGCACUUCUAGAGGCAGUGGAAAAACAGGAGCAGAAAGACAAACACGACGAAGAAAAGCCACCACAUGACACCGCUUCCAAAGUAGCAGAGAAGGAAAAAAACGAGAUAAAAGCAGAAGAAAAAGAAGGUAACCAGUUAGAAACAACCUCGUCACCAGUACCUUCAACUUCUGAGAAUCAUACUAGCAAUACUCCGUUGAAUGCUGCCGAUGAAGAAUUGAAAGAGAAUUAUGUUUUUAAAAUUCCUGUUGGGAAAACGACAUUAACAGCAGAAGAAGUCAGAAUUAUACUAAAAACGGAACAACUUAUGAAAGCUGAAAAAGACAGGAAGUUGAAAGGCAAAAAAACGGAUCUUCUUAAGGCUAUCAAAGGUACAGAAGAAACUGAUUCAGAAGGCGUGCAAGAAAGUUCAAAUAACACUAAGGAGCAAACGCAAAGCAAUAUGGUGAGUGGAAAUGAGACCCAGUUAAAAGGAAAUGUGAUAUCUGCUGAGGAGAAGUUAGAAACAUCAGCCAGUACAGUGACCUUUUAUCCAAAAGCAGAUGCCGCACGAAAUAAUCACAAUAACGAAUCUGAGACGGAAGAGGUUCUUGAGUACCAUCCAAUUGUGAUAAAACUUGACGGGUUUGAUGGAAGAACUGACCAACCUGAUAAAGUGCAAGGGACAUCAACUACCCCAGCGAAUGAAUCAUCCGGUAACGAACACGAAUUAACUACUGAAAAUGAAGUCAAAGCAACUGAAAAACCUGAUGAGCAAUCGACCGAGAAAGCAAUAAACGACGUCUCUAGCGGAAAUGCCAGCGAAAAGAGUGGUAUUGAAGACGAACAGGCUAAUUCCAAUUCAAUGAACGAAACAGAUAUGAAAAUAAAUUCUACUAAAGAACGUACAAACCCUGAAGAAAAAUCUGAAGGACUAGAAAUGAAGAAGGAUGGUGAAACUGAAGAAAAAAGCAAAGGGAAAAUUAAAGAGAACGACCAGGAAGAAAAAGCUGAUGAAGACAAAAGAGAAGAGCUAAAGAAAGAGGAGACACUUUCUGACGAAGUAAAUCAGCUCUUAAAUUCAGCACUUGAAAGCGAAAAUCAAGCUAACGAAGUUGUUCAUAAUGAAAGCAAGGUUAAAACUGCAGGCACAGAAACGAUAAUUGUCAGUGACAGAAACGAUACCAGCAACGGGCAGAAGGAGCUAAAUAAUACAGUGCAUUACCCCAAUGAUGAAGAACAUCAGAACAUAACGGCCGGCGAAGGCGAAAAAAAACCCAGUGAACAACCAGAAGGAAAAGCAUCAACUCAGGCCCCCAAAGUUCCAAAAUCAGAUGACCUUGGCACUACAGAUCAGAACGAAGCUGUGAAGGCGCUUCAUAGUCAGGACAAGACUAUAGAUGAGAACUUGAGGGAAAUGAUGGUAAUAGCCAGCCAACUGUUGAAUGAAAGUAGUUCAGAAGGGAGCAGCAGUACCGUAGGAAACCACACAGCUAAGGACGAAAAGCAGUCAGAAGAAAAGAUAGAAAACUUCACAGAAGUAGCAGUUACAGAUAUAGCAAAACAAAACUCUACUGAUGUAUCUACGACCACCGACGGGCCGAUAGAAACAAAGAGUCUACAGAAGCAAUCAAAGACGGACGAGAUACGAAGUGAACUAAAGAAAACAAAAAAAACAGAUAAUGUGGCUCAAGAUCAGUUGAACGAAGAAGGUAAGGAACAAGCUUACUGUUCUGGACUUUCAAACGACGAACCAAAUGCAGCAUUCCAAAGUGAUGUCGACUACAUUGCGUAUAUGAUGAUGAAGGAUGUUGAACCAGAUACCGCUCCACCAGUGCCACUGUUCCAACAGGACCUUAGCGAUGAACUAAUCGCCGUCGAAGCUAAAAAAAGUUUAGAGAAACAGCAAAGAAUGGAUAACAACCAUCAAGGCGGUGACGCACGAGCACCAGAUUUUAGUGAAGUGCUUUCCAAGACUGUUGUCGACGAGGAGAGCUAG